AGGCGGGGCUUCGCUGACCCGGGAGCGCAAUAAAUCCGCAGCCCGCCGCCGCGAACGGCCCCACUGAGCCCCACCGAGACCUCCAGCUGUCGGCGCUGAGCACAGCUCGCGGGGGACGGACAGACGGCCGGCCGGGCGGGGGACACAGGGCGCACGGGGCCGCCGGACUGAGUGGGAGACAGACAGCCGGAGAGGCAGACGCGUAGACGAAGAGGAGGGACAGUGGGCGGACGACCGCUGCAAGGACCCGCAGAUUCCUCGCGCGGGAGCCCCGGCCCGAGCCCUCUCGCUGCCUCCCGCAGGGGACCGAAGCGGACAGCGUGGGCCUCGCUGCGGGGGCCGAGCAUCCUCCCACCUCCCCGCAGCUGUGCCUCCUGGGCUGCUGCCAGCCUCCCUCAGCUGGGCACGCGGGGCGGCUGGAAGGGCCGGGGACGCGCUUGGCGCCCGCACCCACCCCCAUGGGCGCCACCGAGGCAGGGGCGCGGGCCACGUUCGGAGCCUGGGACUACGGGGUCUUCGCCCUCAUGCUGCUGGUGUCCACGGGCAUCGGGCUGUGGGUGGGGCUGGCGCGGGGCGGGCAGCGCAGCGCCGAGGACUUCUUCACGGGGGGCCGGCGCCUGGCGGCGCUGCCCGUCGGCCUCUCGCUGUCCGCCAGCUUCAUGUCGGCCGUGCAGGUGCUGGGCGUGCCGGCCGAGGCCUACCGCUACGGCCUCAAGUUCCUCUGGAUGUGCCUGGGCCAGCUGCUCAACUCCCUGCUCACCGCCGCCUUCUUCCUGCCCGUCUUCUACCGCCUGGGCCUCACCAGCACCUACCAGUACCUGGAGCUGCGCUUCAGCCGCGCCGUGCGGCUCUGCGGGACCCUGCAGUACCUGGUGGCCACAAUGCUGUACACUGGCAUCGUGAUCUACGCCCCCGCGCUCAUCCUGAACCAAGUGACCGGGCUGGACAUCUGGGCGUCGCUCCUUUCCACCGGAGCCAUCUGCACCUUCUACACGACUGUGGGCGGCAUGAAGGCUGUCAUCUGGACCGACGUGUUCCAGGUCGUGGUGAUGCUGGCUGGCUUCUGGGUUGUCCUGGCCCAGGGGACCAUGCUCGUGGGCGGGCCUAGGCACAUGCUCAGGCUGGCCCAGAACCACUCCCGGAUCAAUCUGAUGGACUUUGACCUGGACCCUCGGAGUCGUUACACAUUCUGGACUUUUGUGGUGGGCGGCACAUUGGUGUGGCUCUCGAUGUAUGGUGUGAACCAGGCACAGGUGCAGCGCUAUGUGGCCUGCCGCACAGAGAAGCAGGCCAAGCUGGCUCUGCUCAUCAACCAGCUGGGCCUGUUCCUGAUCGUGUCCAGCGCCGCUGGCUGUGGUAUCGUCAUGUUCACCUUCUACCUCGACUGCGACCCUCUGCUCACAGGGCGGAUCUCCGCCCCGGACCAGUACAUGCCCCUGCUGGUGCUGGACAUCUUUGAGGACCUGCCCGGAGUCCCAGGCCUCUUUCUGGCCUGUGCCUAUAGCGGCACCCUCAGCACCGCAUCCACCAGCAUCAACGCCAUGGCUGCCGUCACUGUGGAGGACCUCAUCAAACCUCGACUGCCGAGCCUGGCGCCCCGGAGACUCGUAGUCAUCUCCAAGGGGCUCUGUGAGUUGGGGGGACCCGGGUGGGGGCCAGGGGCGCCGCUCCCUGUUGACCGCGCCGCCGCAUCCGCUACAGCGCUCAUCUACGGCUCCGCCUGCCUCACCGUGGCGGCCCUGUCCUCGCUGCUGGGGGGCGGCGUCCUGCAGGGCUCCUUCACCGUCAUGGGAGUCAUCAGCGGCCCCCUCCUGGGCACCUUCAUCCUGGGCAUGUUCCUCCCCGCCUGCAGCACGCGGGGCGUCCUUUGCGGGCUGGCCGCCGGCCUGGCGUUCUCGCUGUGGGUGGCCGUGGGCGCCGCUCUGUACCCGCCCAGCGCGCAGUCCAUGGGGGUCCUGACGUCGUCGGCCGCCGGCUGCGCCCAGCCCUCGGCCAACGCCUCCGGCCUCCCCGGCCCGCUCCUCGCCGCCAACGCCUCAGGCGAGGCCCCCAGCCUCGGAAUGGAACCUGAUCGACCCGCCUUAGCUGACAGUUUCUACGCCAUUUCCUAUCUUUAUUAUGGCGCCCUGGGCACACUGAGCACCGUGCUAUGUGGAGCCCUCGUCAGCUGCCUGACGGGCCCCAGCAAGCGCAGUGCCCUGGCUCCCGGGCUGCUGUGGUGGGACCUCGCAUGGCAGACGGCGUUGGUGGCCCCCAAGGAAGAAGUAGCCACCCUGGAUGACAGCCUAGUGAAGGGUGCUGAGGAACUGCCCCCUGGAGCCAAGAGGCCUCCAGACUUCCUGCCCACCGACGAGGACCAUCUGCUCUUCCUAGGGCAGAAAGAGGUGGAUGGAGCUGGCUCCUGGACCCCCGGCAGUGGACAUGACAGGGGUUGUGACCUGCGAGAGACAGACCUCUGAGCCAGCCGGAGACUGGCUGCCUGGGAUGGAGCCUCAGGGUGGCCCAAUCCCGGGCCACGGGCCAGCAGGCUCGGCUCCGAUUGGCUGGACUGUGACGUGUGCACAUGAGCUGGGGACUGCAUGUCCGCCUCGUGGGGAGAGGCAGACCCCACCUCCAGGAGGGCGUUUAUCCGGCCCUCAGCUUCCAGCCUGCCUAGUCUUAGAUGCUGCUCCCCUGCCCGCUCCCCCAAAACAAGGCCGGAUUUUCUUUACCUACAAUGGAAAGAUGUUGGAGUCUCCUCUGGACAACAUGAGAAACCCCCAAGCACAGUGUGAGGGUCUGAGAAAGACCCAGCUCUUCCCCGGGAGGUGUCGGAACCUUAGCAAACAUUUUGGAGGUCCUCAGGCGUGACCCCCUGCACCCCAUAUCACAGGCGGGGAAACUAAGGCCAAGAGAGGAGCAGCGACUUGGCCAAGGUCACAGAGCAAACCAGAGACCCGUGGAAAGUUGGACACUAGCUCUCCCUCCUAACCCCCUUCCUGCUUUCCUCCUUGUGGUGGGCACACGUCGUGGCCUGAGACCUUGGGAGCAGAAGUGGAGGGGGGGCGGAAUUAAUGCUUUCAGUCUUCCUCCUGGGCCUGGACACUUUCCCCAUCUCAUCCAGUAAGGACUGUGAACCCACUUCACAGAGGAAGAAACCGAGGGUCAGCGAGGUUGCCCAAGGUCACACGGCUGGUCCGGUCUGGGCGGGGACCGGCCUGGGUGCUGCGUGACGCUGAGGCUCCAUUGCCUUACGUCACUAGCAUGCAGGGUAAGAUGGGCCAGUGGGCUCGCGUCCCUGGGACCCGCUGACCCUUGGCUGGAGACUUUAUCCCUUGGCUGGAAAUAAACGGAUUCUGAGGCUUGAUGUUCUGUGCUCUCUGAAAGAUCAUUCUGGCCGUUGCCUCAGAUCUCCUCGGUCAGAUCCGAGUGCGAAUCUGUGUCUCUCGCCCCAAGUCUGUGAGUGAAUAAACCUGAGGGUGUAAAGUAUGAGAGCGAGGCGAGCACUGCCACGUUGGGGAGCAUGGUGCUGCCCUCCCGGACACAGCGUCUCCCCUCCGGAUGCCCCUGAAGCAUCCUCUCCUCACUGCCCUUUGCGCCUGGACCCUGCAGGCCUUCACGCUGUCCCUCACCAGCCCCUGGGGUCUCUGUGACCCUGAGAACUGGCUGUGCCUGCCUCUGCCCACACACCUGCCGUGGCUCCCAUUGCCCCCAGGGGAGUGUCCCCUGCUCACCUGACAGUCGCGGCCCCUGUACUGGGUUCAACAGGGUCCUCCCAAAAUUCCUGUCCACCUGGAACCAUAGAAUGUGACUUAUUUGAAAAUAGGGUCUUGGCAGGCGCACUUAUUUAAAUUAAGAUAAGGUCAUACUGCAUUAGGGUGGGCCUGGAAUCCAAUGACCGUGUCCUUAUAAGAAGAGGAGAAGGGAGCCAGCCCUGAUGGUCUAGUGGUUAAAGUUCAGCACACUCACUGCUUCGGUGGCCCGGGUUCAUUUCCUGGUCACUGAACCACACCACCUGUCUGUCAGUUAGCAUGCCAUGGUGGCAGCUCACAUAGAAGAACUAGAAUGACUUACAACUGGGAUAUACAACCAUGUACUGGGGCUUUGGGGAGGAAGAAGAAAAAGAGGAAGAUUGGCAACAGAUGUUAGCUCAGGGCAAAUCUUUCCCUGCAAAAAAGAAGAAGAGAAGAGACACAGACGCACAGGGAGAAAGCCAUGAGGACACAAGCGGAGGCUGGAGUGAUACAUCCACAAGGGACCCCGAGGAUCAUUGGAGCUGCCAGAGUCGGGAGAGAGGCCUGGGAGGGCUUCUCCCUCAGAGCCGUCAGAAGUGGCACGGCCCUGCCAACCCCUUGAUUUCAGACUUCUGGCCUCCAGAACUGUGAGAGAAGAAAUGUCUAUUGCUUUAAGCGAUGGCAGCCUCAGGAAACCAAUACACCCCUCCCAAUCUGGCCUCUCUCCACCUCUCAGAGACCUGGUCCUCUGUGCAAGUUGUUUUGUGGAGACCUUUAGAUUUAAACUUAAAAGGGACCAUGACAAAUUUUAAAUCGAUGACUGAGUAGCAUGGGAAACAGACUUUCCACUGGUCAAUGGUCAUUGCUCAGAGCAGAGCCCAACAUGGGGGUGGG